AUGAGCGUCGAUGAAAUAAUUUCCUGGAGUUUCCUUCUCCUUAGGCCUACUCUCAAGGCAACAGAAUUCCACGUACAUAGCCCUCCUUUUGCGCCCACGGUUUCGUCUUGCAAAUUUGCAGUUUCCAUUUAUCAAGAAAAAAUGGAAGGUGGUAUGAUCCGUAUUGUCGGAAGCAAAGCAGAGGAGAACACGCAAUGGCUACUGAAAAGUAUUGAUGGAGAUAACUCCAAACGGUGGCGUAGAUACGAAAUGUCAGUGGGAAAGAUAUCCAAAAAUUUUACAAUUAUUUUAGAAGCUGUUCCUUCCGAGAAUUUAGAGGAAGGUGCUGUUGUGGCGUUUGAUAAUAUUCAAUUAUUUCAAUGUUACCAUAAAAAUGAUGAUUCGUGUUCAUCACUUCAAUAUAAAUGUAAAGCAACGAAAAUUUGUAUUAACAGUACUAGUAUUUGUGAUAUUACUAGGGAUUGUUUGCAUGGAGACGAUGAAGCACAGAAUUGCGAUCAAAUGCCUUUCGGAGCUCGAUGUAACUUCGAGGACGAUUGGUGCGGCUGGCAAAAUGUUGACGUUAAGGUUUUGGAAUGGAUCCGGCACAACGGAUCGACACCUACAAAUUUCACAGGGCCCAAUUACGAUCAUACGUAUAAAAAUAGUACUGGCAAGUACCUCUAUGUAAAUAUGCUGGCUGAUAAAACCCAGUUUGCAACGUCUGCUACUUUAAGAAGUGUCGACUUUAAUCCACCACCAAGAGUUCAUGGUAAUUCUUCGUCUAGAUAUUACAAUUCGUGUGCUAUUCGGUUUUAUCUUCAUAAGACUGGCAAACAUAAAAGCGCUAUUUUAUUACAAAUUACAGAACUCAGACCACAUGAAAACGUUUCCACAGAAAUGUUGUGGAGCUUCAAUGACCAUGGUGAUCAAUGGGUUAGACAAGUUAUUAUUUUACCAAAUAUUACUUAUAGGUAUUUUAUUCGAUUUGAAGCCAGAAAAGGUAUUAGAUAUAUAAGCGACAUUGCCAUCGACGAUGUGUCGCUGAGUCCUGAAUGUUUUGGACUUAAUAUACCGAAAGAGGACCUCAAUGGCUACAACUACUGGGAUAAUAGAGAACACGAAGGUCUUAAAGAAACUAACAAAGCAUUUGUUAAUAAAACAAGUAAGUUCAUAGUAAAAUAUUUUAUGUCAUACUAG